CAGAAGGCCAUUCCAUUUAAAGAGCAAAUACAAUCAACAUGAGCAUCCGACACUACAUAGACAAGUUUCUAUUGAUGACAUGGAAGCUGCAUAAGGCCCAAUGGAACCGCCCUGCGGAGCUGCUCUGGCUGAUAUUCGCCCCCUUUUUGCUAUGCUGCAUUGCGGUGGGCAUGCGCAUGGGCAUAACCUUGAACGAGCGUUAUAACAGCUAUUAUGCUCCGGUCGAUCUAACCCAGAGCUGGGCGGAUCUGAUCAGUACACUGCAGGAGCGCCAGCAGCUGGGUAAGCAGCUAAAUAAGAGCAGUAAUGUGUUCAUGCCGCAGCUGGUGCUGGCCUGGGCGCCCAGCGAUAUAAGCUUAUUUGGGAAGAUCAUGGAGCUGUCUUUGCAAGAGCUGAAAUCGAUGGAAUUGCGCAACUUCAGCGAAUGCUCUCACAUGAGGAAGGCAAUAUCAAAUGAGUUUCUGUUUGCUGGCGUUUGCUUUGAACGGGGCCAAAUUGAAUCGAACCAUGAAGUGACUGAUAAUCAUUUGGACGAGGCCGUCCUGCCGCACUUUAACUACACAAUCGUUUUUCCCAGUGAGCUGCGCAUGUUCAGUGCCAGCUUCAUUGGAGAUAACUGGAAGACAAUCUACCAAGACGAUCCAAAGACAUCUAUAGUGCGACGCCUCAAUGAAGGCAGCAUUGAUGGUCGUUUGGGCUACGUCCGCGAGGGCUUCAUUAACAUCCAGAAAGCCAUUUCCGAGACAUAUCUGACGAUGGUGAGCAAACCCAAGGCGGGCAUACCCAAGAUAGUGCUGCGAAGAUUUCCGGUCGACGGACGCAUUCAAGAUCCGCUAAUGCACUACAUAAAUCGCGGGCUACCUCUGCUCAUUAUCGUUGGCUUUAUGUUUCCGGCACAGAUACUAGUCUGGCAAAUCGUUCAACAAAAGCAACGCCAGAUGCGUCUGUAUCUGAUCAACAUGAACAUUGGCAACAUUAUACACUUCGCAGCCUGGUUCUUUAAGGGUCUCGUCUAUAUGCUCAUCAGCUCGCUGCUUAUAACCGUAAUCAUCAAGGUGCCUUGGAAAGGCAAUCAAUCCUUGUUGACUCAAACUCCAUGGUAUAUAAUAUUGCUAGUGCUGUGCUCGUAUAAUGUGGCAGCCACAAGCUUUUGCCUGUUGGUGGCCUCCUUCUUUAAGAACACCGCGUUUGCCUUGCGGGUGGCGACCUUGCUCUGGCUGCUGACCUAUAUGCCAUUCUUUGUGCUGUGGAACAAUCGGGAGAAGGCUGUGUUGGUAAUACGUUACAUAGCUUGCGCGUUGCCGAACACUGUACUCGCGCUGAUAUGCGAGAGCCUCUUGGAGCGUGAGGUGUUUCGUGACACGAAAUGGAUGGACAUGGGAUAUUCUUUAAAUUAUAAUGCCGACCGGAUUAAUGUCCACCAGGGCGCAUGUAUAUUUUUGAUAACAACGCUCGUUUAUUGCGCCAUUGGAUUGUACAUGGAUGUGUGGAACACCGGGGAAACGGGUGGUGGGCGGCGCAAGCAUAUGCCUGCGCCCGCCCACAGCGGCGACUUCACAUUUCAGGAACGCGACGACAGCUUCAUGCCGCAGGGCUCACAGCCGGUUGGAGUCAAGGCGACCAAAAUCUACGAGGUAGAGCCAUCGCAUCGCCGUUUCAAGAUCAAGAUUAAGAAAUUAUGCAAACGCUAUUCAAACAACACUCGCGGUGCCCUAAACUCAUUCACGUGGAAUGUGUACGAGAACGAGGUAACAAUCCUGAUGGGCCACAAUGGGUGUGGCAAGACGACGCUGCUUAAGGUACUCGCCGGCCUGGUGGAGCCCACCCGUGGCGUGGUCAUGGUGUCUGAUUAUAAUAUACAAACCGAACGCCACGAUGCCUCAAUGCAACUUGGCCUGGCGCUAAGUGACGAUCUGCUCUUGCCGGACCUAAGCGUCGCCGAUCAGAUCCGGUUCAUAUGCAUGGUGAAAGGUACGUCAUGGAAGGAUGCCAGUGAAGAGAUCGAGACGUACACUCAGCUCCUCCACUUGACACAUGUUAAGCACACCAAGGUGAAAAGUCUGAGCAGCCAGGAACGUAAUCUUCUCAGCAUUAUAUGCGCCUUUGCCGGAGGCAGUCCUGUCAUACUUAUCGACGAUAUUCACUCCGAUCUGGAUUUGGCCACACAAGCGCUCGUCUGCAACCUUAUCAAUGAGGAGAAAUCCAAGCGCACCAUCCUUUUGGUAUCCAACUCAACAUCUCUGGCGAGCCACUUGGCCGACCGUCUGGCGAUCAUGUCCAAUGGUGAACUGAAGUGCACCGGCAGCAAACCCUUUCUGCGCAACAUGUACGGCCAUGGUUUCCGUCUGACCUGUAUCAAAGGUAAAGCCUUUGAUUUAGCAGAGCUUCGAAACCUAUUGGCCAAAUAUCUGCCAAAUCUGACAAUAGAAAGCGAUAUUGGCUUUAAAAUAACGUUCGUGCUAGAGACAAAGUACGAGGAUAGAUUCCCCAGCCUGUUCGACGCUCUAGAGGAGGAGAUGGCGAACCUGGACAUAAUCAGUUUUCGCCUGCGCGACACAUCCUUGGAUGAGAUCUUUAUGCGUUUUGGUUCCGAGGAAGGUGAUGUCAGCGGUGAGCCAAACUUAUUGAUCGAAGACCUGAAUUCGGUCCUCGAAGACGCCGACAGCAAUGAGCGUGCCAAAGGACGCAAGCUAGCUCAGAUGCAUGUCCAAGCCCUGUUCUAUAUGCGCUGGGUACUCAACAAGCGUCAAAUUCCCGUGAAAGUCAUCUAUCUGUUAGCCCUGCUGGUGGCCACGGCUUGCACAUUUUCCGCGGUGUUGCUUUACGGCAAGAACUAUCAGCUGAUACCGAUUUCCUUCAAUUUAACGCAGCUGCACUCUAUAGACGCAUUCGUGGAGAUCAUGUCUGAUAGCUUGGAUGUGCUCGAGAUGCAGGAGUUCUUCUCGGAGCUGCUCUUCUGGUACGACGGUCAUGUUAAAGUACUGGAGACCGCGGAAAUCUCGGACUUCUAUCUGCUGCAGCAAAGCGAAUUCAACAAGGUUGUCAACUUUCGCUACAUGUUCGGCGCUUCUUUUGGCCAGGACUUGAUAACGGUCUGGUUCAACAAUAUACCACUUCAUGCUGCUCCAUAUGGCCUCAAUUUGGUGCACAAUGUGAUUGCACGACGCUUUGUCAACGAGGAGUCUUCCAUCGAUGUAACCCUGCAACCGCUGCCAUUUAAGGCACAUGUCAACACGCUGCCACAGACGCCGCUUAGCCUAGGCGGCAUGAUGGCCAUCAACUUCUCUUUUAUAUUCAGCAACUUGUGGGAGGGCAUUGCCAUUGCCAGCAUAUUCGAGAAGUCCUUCAAGAAGCAACAGUUUCUCACAGGUGUGCGACUUUCCAUAUACUGCUUCUGCUUGUCCCUCUUCGAUGCCAUACGGGUGGUGCUGAUGAGCGUUUUCAUGAUAAUGAUGAUAGCUGUCUAUCUGAGUCCGCGACACGACUUCCAUCUAUAUAUCUGGAUUUUCUUUGCGCUGAUUAUGAAUGGUUUCUCUGUCAUAACAUUAUCCUACGUUCUCACCAGCAUUUGCAAGGACCCAAACAAUGCAUUUAUCGCCGUUUCUUUUAUAAACAGCAUCGGAAUAAUCAUUUUCACGUUAACUGUCGGCGAUAGACUGACCGAUAUGAACGAUGCGUUCCAGCUUUUACCCCAAUAUACCUUCAGUGAGAUCGUGUUCAAGCUGUUAUUUCUGUACGAGUACCAUUGGCUCUGCAAAGAUGAAAAUAUCCAAUUCGUCUCGUCCAAGGUCGAGAAGUGUAGUAUUAUUCCAAACUGUUGCAUCUCGUACGAUUACUGGAGGGGUAACUAUGGCGUUAUCUUUGACGUAUUCAUGUUGCUCUGCGCAAUAAUGGUGCCAUUAGCACUCUUCCUAGUGGGAGAACAGUACACGCUAAUGGCAUGCUCGUGCCUGCACCGGGCAAUACCGAAGAAGUGCAUUUGGAGUGAGAAGCAGGAUCAUCAGGCGCGCCAUGAGGGCAUGGGUACCUAUAUGGUGGACGAGUCUGUCAUUGCCGAACGGCUGCGCGUUGAGAAGCUGACCGAGCAGGAACGGACAGAGCUUGCAGCCGUAUGCCAGGGCAUUGGCAAAAGCUAUGGCAAUAAGUCGAUACUGAUACGCAUAGAUCUUUGCAUAUCCAAGUCCGAAUGCGUUGGUCUCAUGGGCUACAACAAUACCGGCAAGACGACACUGAUCAAAAUGAUGGUGGGGGAGACACGGCCGUCGCACGGGCGCAUCUGGGUAGGAGGCUACAGCAUGGAGCUAGAGCGCGCCAAGUGUUAUCCUCUGAUGGGAUAUUGCGCCCAGCUAUCGAUACUGCCCAAAGAUAUCACACCUCGCGAGAUACUCUACAUUCAGUCAAAGCUGCAUGGGCUGUCCACCCAAUUUGCCAUACAGCUCUGUGAUGCCUUGUCCCAUUUGCUGGGAUUUCAAAGCUGUUAUCACCAGCUCAUUUGCCUAUGCACCACCGGACAGGUGCGCCGCAUCACCUUUGCGCUGGCCAUACUCGGCGAUCCGCUGCUGAUAUGCGUGGAUGGGCCUCCGGGUGGCAUCGAUCCCAAUGGCAAGCGCACCCUUUACAGCCUAACCGCCUACAUGCAGAAUCGGGGCUCUAGCUUUCUUUACACUAAUCUCUCCGGCUUGGACUGCGAACGGAUGUGCCAGCGCACUCCAGUCCUAUAUGAUGGCCAGCUGUGGACAAUGGGCGCCCAGGAGCAGCGUUAUCGUCGCGGUUACUUGCUGGAGGUGCACUUUAAGCGAAAGGCGAAUGCCGAUAUUAGCACGGCGAGGAGCACCUGGGAUCGCAUCAAUCAGUUUCCCGUUUCGCCACACAACAAGUUAAUUCUCUUCGUUCAAGUGAAAUUCCCGGAGGCGACCUUACAGCAUCAGCAAGAGAGUUCCAUGACAUUCUUUAUACCACGCAAUUCCAUUAAUUUCUCGGAAAUAUUUUUAAUCAUACGCAAGGACGCAUUCGAAUUGAACAUUGAGGAUUUUUAUAUCACUCGUAACAUUGUCACGGGCAUACAAACAGAUCUAUUCGAUCGUUCAGCACUAAAGAUUGGCACCUAAGCUAUGUAACUAUCACAAAUCUAAGUAGAGUCAACACAAUAGGUUUCCUUUACUCCAAGCUCAUAAUAAAAUGCA